AUGACAAGAGUUUGUUUGGAAUCAAUCUCCAUUAAAAAUAUAAACACCAAUAUCAUUGAUAUUAAAAUUGAAAAAAAUGAUAUAGAAAAUAAUAGAUUUCAAGAAGAUCCAGGUAUUUUAGUUGUGCAAGGAUUGAUUUCCAGAAUUUUGGGAUCACAAUUCAUUCCUUAUUUCAAUCUAAAUUUAAAGAAUUCAACAAAUGGUUCACAGUAUUUCGAAAUAACAAGUAGUUAUAGUACAACAAAUAGCAAUAAUGUAAUAAUAAAUAUUAGUGCAGAUACACCAGUUAAUCUUGCAAGUGGAAUAAAUUAUUAUUUGAAAUAUUAUGGACAAUGUUCAUUCACUUGGACUGGUGAUCAAUGUAAUUUAACUGCUUCAAACUUACCGGUGGUCAAUAAUCCCGUCAAUAUCGAAAUAUUAUCACAAUACAGGUAUUAUAUGAAUGUUUGUACAUUUGGAUAUAGUACUGUUUGGUGGGAUUGGCCUCGUUGGGAAAGAGAAAUCGAUUGGAUGGCUCUAAACGGAUAUAAUCUUCCACUUGCUUUUGUUGGACAGAGAAUAUAUUUGGUAUCAAGUUUUCGCCAAUCUUGGACUCUCUGA